AUGUCCGCUUUGCCGCUCAAGUUGUACAAAGAGUACGACGUUCUUAACGAUCAUGCAGCGGCAGACUUGUUGAUCAACAGUCCUAACCAGAACAUGGGCGGAUCGGAGAUGAUCAACAAGUUGGAAGUGGAUAGAAAUGAGUUUGGUAAUGGUUAUGCCAUUAUUGAGCGUGACAUUCGGCAGCAACCUGUUUCGAUAACGCCGAUAGAAUCAACGGCAGUUACACCAGUGAUCAACUCCGAUGACAGCAGUUUGUGGUACGAGGUGAGGGGUGUAAGGGGGACCUACUACGUCCACAACAUGGACAUGAUCCAUGUAAAACAUAUAACCGGAGCAUCAAGGUGGAAAGGGAUAAGUCCGUUGGAUGUUCUCAAGAACACUCUUUUGUACGAUAAGGCCGUUCAAGAGUUCAGUUUGUCGGAGAUGGAGAAAAAGGAUAGCUUCAUCCUGUCAUACGGGGCAAACGUGGAUGAUGAGAAGCGAAAACGGAUUGUCAGCGACUUCAAGCGAUUCUAUAACGAAAACGGCGGCAUCUUGUUCCAAGAACCAGGUGUCACUAUUGACGAGAUUGAUAAAAAAUAUUUCUCAUCCGAUACGUUGGCAUCCGAGCGAAUUACUCGCUCAAGGGUAGCCAACGUUUUUAAUGUCCCAGUAACGUUCCUAAACGACAACGAGGGCCAGAGUUAUGCAUCCAAUGAGCAGAUGAUGAUCCAGUAUGUGCAGAUGAAAUUGACUCCAGAUGUGCGCCAGUACGAGCAGGAAUUCAACCGAAAACUGCUGCGGCCAGAGGAACGCAAGAAGGGGAUGUAUUUCAAGCUCAACAUGGGUGGAUUGUUACGAGGUGACACGGCGUCCAGAACUGCAUUUUACAACGUAAUGCUUCGAAGCUCGGGGAUGAAACCGGAUGAAGUACGUAGGCUUGAAGAUUUGCCCCCAGAGGGCGGGAUGGCAGACAAGCUUUGGAUAAGUGGGGACCUGUACCCGGUCGAUAUGGACCCUACACUCCGGAAAUCUUCCGGGGCGAGUACUACAACGAAAGGGGCCGCUGCUGAUGGUGUGGGUGAGUUGUACAUCUAUGGUGACAUUGUUUCAUGGAUCUGGGAUGACUACCCCGAAGACACCAGCGCAACAAGUUUCAAGCGUGACUUGGAUGCUUUGGGGGAUAUAAAAACCCUUAAACUCUACAUCAAUUCACCUGGUGGGUCCGUGUUUGAAGGGGUUGCCAUUUAUAACAUCCUUAAACGUCAUACGGCGCGCGUUAUUGUCACCAUUGAUGGUCUGGCAGCUUCAAUUGCUUCUGUCAUUGCAAUGGCAGGAGACGAAGUGCGUAUGCCGCGCAAUGCGAUGAUGAUGAUUCAUAAUCCAUGGACGCAUACAUGGGGCAAUGCAUCUGAGCUCCGCAAAGCAGCGGACGACCUUGAUCGCAUUGGUGGCUCCAUGAAAGAGAGUUAUCUCGCCAAGGCAGUCGACAAAAUCACGUCGGACAAACUCACCGAACUGCUUGAUGCCGAAACCUGGCUAUCUGCGCAAGAGUGCUUUGAUUUUGGACUAUGUGAUGUAAUUGAAGAGGCGAAUCAAACGGCAGCAUCGGUAAGCCAAGAGCUGUUUGCCAAGUACCGUAACGUGCCGAAGGACAUCGCCGCAAAAUUGGAAGAACCGGAAACGCCGCAGGCAAGUGGAAGCGACGAAGAAACCACAGCUUAUCUCCAGCGGAUCAAAGAUACAGCUGGACUGGAAUUAGAAAAUAUUAACUCAUACCUGGGAGGUAUUAUUAAUGGC